GCUUAAUUGUUGAGGCCAAAUUCGGCCGCAUUGAAAAGCUUAUAGGGCAAGAAAAGGAUCAUGACCAUGGAAUCGGUCGAGACAAGAAAACUCGGAAAGCAUUUGUUUAUUUUUGAGAAAGGAAAGGCUAAAAACCCGAAUGGCAAAGCCAAAGGGCGAACAUUAAUAACCUCUUGUCAAACGGAUACAGACAAUAGACUCCCGCCAGAAUUUGUUAACUAUAUGAGGACAUUAUUUGAUAUUUUGGAUGCGAAUAAUAGUGGAUUUGUGAGAUUAAGUGAUAUCGAAGCUUGCUGGGGCCAACAGAACGGCGAUUCUACUUCACAAGGCACAGGAGUACUGCAGCAGCUUCGUAAAGUCACGCCGGCGAACGGCUUCCUUAGUUUUGACAGACUUUGUAGGGGCUUUGGUCAAGCAUUGCGUUCAAACGAAAGCAUUUCGAUUCCUAAUGGUUCUGCGAGGGCUAGCUAUGAAAGUCGCAAAUCUAGUAAAGUUGAGAGAAAUUCUGAAUCAAGACCGGCGCCUAAAUAUCAAUCCGCACUCAACGGAACACCUACGGGGCAAAGAGAUCCAGUUUCCGCAGUUCAGGUUGACAAACAAGGGGAGACUGAGGUAGCUGAGAGAUUUGGUGAAUUUUAUAAAACAAAUGGAAUUCGAGAAAGCGCCGUCUUGAAUCCUAAUUCUGAGAUAGGAUUAAACCACUUGCGCAAACCAGGGCACGCAAAACGCCAUAAAUCGGUCGGAACAAGUGAAUCCGAAGAAAACGUAAAGUCGUCUUUUGCUGUCAAUAACUCUUACGAACGAAAACACAGAAGUCGUCCGAUUUCCACGGGACCAUUCAACCAACCACGCGAGGAAGUUUUACAUGUCCCUUUUUCUCAAGCAAAUUCAUCGAAAUCUGGUAAAAUUGACCAAAACCCCGACCCAGAAUUGUGCAAAACUGAUACAGUUUUUAUCCGUAAACCAGAUGUACGAAAACGUCCAAAAUCCAUGCUUCCUUUCAGCGAACAGAAACAGCCAGUGGAUUUAUCAGUUGCGAAGAAAAAAGGGGGAAUUCUCGAGGGGAUACAGAAAACGGACAAAAAAGCCGUAAUUGAUAAAUUGAAGCAAUGGCGAAACGAUGAAUUGAAGACGAAUUGUAGUCGGGAUAAAAAUAGUGUUGCUACGACGAAAGAUUUUCACAGAGUUACACAAGGUUACCAGUCUGAUAACGAAGGCGGUUACUGCAGACAGAGACGUGCCUUGGCUCCAGUGUGCUAUUCAGGAAAUGAAGCCGACUUUGGUAUGUAUUUUGAUGAGAAUUUUUGGGGAUUUUGGUAUUAAUGAAAUAUGACAGUUCUCCAGCCAGCGACGCGCCAUUGUGUGGGAAUUUGUUUGUUUAGUAUCUUAAGUGCUGGGUUCUGAUGUACGCACGUAAAAAUGCACAAGUUGUUACAGGUCUGCAAACAAGUUGUUAUACAAAUCUGUUCACAAGCUGUCGACAAGUUGUGUUCGCACUGCUUGUUCCCAGUUGUGACAGGCUUGAUGGCAUUAUCAGACUUAAUGCAUGCAAGGUUCCAGCAAGUCUGAUACAGUGAUGAUAUAACAAGAAUGAAACAAGGUUGACAACACAAGGUUGCAACAAUAAUGUUAUAUGAUUGUAUCCAACUUGUUGGAACAACCUUGCAAAAAGUCUGAUAAUAUCGAAAAGUUGUUACAACUUUGAAACAAGUUGUUCCAUACUUGUUGACAACUUGGACAAGCAGUGCGAAAAACAACUUGUUGACGGCUCGUAAUUGGCAGACUUGCUAUAAGAUGUGAGAUUUUUUGUGUAUAUAGCCGUAGGUAGCAUUAAACAAUAUUCAAAAAGUCUGUUAAAGGAACUGAAUUGAACGGGACAUGAGAGUUGAGAAAACUCUCAUGCAAACUCUCGCUUCUCAACUCUCGUCAGUUCUCGUUUGACCAUGUAAGGCUUUAGCUUUUGUUUUUUUUCCAUAUUUUUCAGGUACUUAAUCCUUCAGCUAUGUUGAAAAUUGUUUGUUUAACUCAUUUGUUCAUGAUGUUUUCAUUUGUUUCGGCUUAUGGGCACUUUAAGUAGGGUGGGAAAAUGAUUAUAUAUAUAUAUAUAUAGGCUUUAUUUAUGCCAUCCCCCUGAGCGGACUGUACAAAGCCAAGAUGAUAAGGAAACUAUGUAAGUAAUUUUGUAUAAGGGACGGACCAUUAGAAAAGGAUGGGGGAUUUUCUAAGAGGCAAUAUUUAUUUUUUUUGUACACCCAUAGAAGAAAUAUAUUUUUUUUCUCACUUGAUGGCUGGAAAUAUUUUUUUAAGUGAAAUUUAUAGGCCUAUCUUCCAAGCUAGGAAUUUUUUUUUGCACUGCCUGGGAAGAUUUUUUUUCCUAAUUUUUUUCUGGGGAUAAGUUUUUUUUUGGUUUUGCCCCCCGCCCCCUCCCCCCCCCCAUCACUUUUCUAAUGGUCCGUCCCUAAUAGUUUCACCGUGUUUAACCGCGGCGCCUCUCAUGGAAACUAACUUUAGUUUAUGAGGUCAUAUAAAGAAUUACCUUAUACAACCUACUUAGGGUGCUUUCCAUUAGCUCGGCAUGACCGGUCAGAACGGUCAAAUUGUUGAAUGGAACACAAAACGUUUGGGCUUCGGACAUAUCUGAGUCAGAAUCUGACGGAAAAUUUGGAUCAAAUUCAGAAGUCCAUUUUCGCUAGAUAUAUUUAAAAAAACAUAUAGACCGCAGGGGCCGGUUGUUCAAAGGUGGGUUAGCGCUAACCCUGGGUUAAAAUUUAACCUGCUGUUUUAGUUUAUGUAUUUCUGCACAUCUGUUUAUUUCAAAACUUCAGAGAAGUAAACUCCUAUCGAUCCAGACAAGAUCUCUGAAGAAAUAUUUCCAAAUUUAUAGACAAGCUAUCAGGAAGAUGCCUGUGUGAUGUUACUCUGAGUGUAUAUCCACACCGGGCAGAAUUGAAAAAUAUGCCUGGCCACGGUGGGAUUCGAACGUACGACCUUUGGAAUACUAGUCCAAUGCUCUGCCAACUGAGCUAUGUGGAUAUACACUCAGAGUAACAUCACACAGGCAUCUUAUUCACCUGAGUACAUUACACCAACACAGCAAAUAUCAAGCUAUCAGGAAGUUUGCUUUGAAUUUAGGUUAACCUAUAGGGUUAAGCUAACCCAGCUUUGAACAACUGGCCCCUGAUCCUUCCAAUGACACAGAGACAUAAAUUCUGGUCUGACUAAUCUGUGGCCAUUAAAUCGAAAGCCCCCUAUAUACCUACAUACCUACUUGCCGUGCCCUUGGACCUCACUCUAGAUGUUCUCGCGCCUUUGGCAUACUGUUCUAAUCUUCAAUGACCAUAUUAUAGAACAACAUCGUGCUUCAGCGCAUUCUUCGGGCAAAAGCAAUGGAGUGCGUUCGCCGAGAACGACUGUGUACUAUCAAGGUCAAAUUCAAACCAAAUCUGGAAAAAAUUACUCGACCUUAAAGACCACAGCAGAAUGUCGGGAAGAAAGCAAGACAAAGGAAAAG